UUGUUUUCAUGCAUACAUAUUUACCUAUAGAAAUAUAUAGCUUUAUUAUGUUUUACUGUUUUCAUAUGCAUCUGUUUUAUCUACUUUUUAAAAAAUUACUUACUUUUGUAUUACUAUGGAAAGAUUUUUUAUUGAUCUGUCUUGUUAAUUUGAAGUCACAGUACGACUGCCACAGUUUAUAUCACUAUCCCCUACUGAUAAUGAUUGUUAUUUCCAGUUGGUCCACUGCAGACAGGGCUACCGUAAACGUCCCGAUAAGUGCUUCUUAGUGCUCAUGGUACAUUUCUCAGGGGUAAAUCCCAAGACGGACUCUGAGGCUCUCCAGAUGCCCACAUCCACUGACGGUCCCACCUUCCAUAGCAAUUUCCCCACAGCUUUUCCCAAAUUGAUACUAGUAUUUAAAAUGUUUUCCCAUUGAUGGCAUAAAACAAAAUGACCUGUCAUCUUUAUUUUUCCAGUUACUACUAAGGUUAAAUAUUUAUUGUUUGUAUUUUUCUGACUAGACUCAACAUUUUAUUGGACUUUUUGCAAUUUUAAGAUAUUUUAUAGGAUUAAAGUGUAUAUUCUUUAUUAUAGAAGUUACAAAUUUUUCUUGGUCAGUUGCUUUUUAAAUGAACAUAUAACUUAGGUUUACAGGCCCAUUGCCAAGAAGGUACAGAGAACUCCACAUACUCUUAACCCAGUUUGUUUCCUUAAAUAUUACCGUCUGUAUUUACCCACUCAGGCUGCCACAGUACAAUGUCCAGGCUGGGGGUCUUAAACAGCAAGGACUUCUUUUUAUCAGAGUUCUGGGAUUUGGAGUCAAGCUGCCAGCAGGGUUGGUUUCUGGGGAAGCCUCUCCUCCUGGCUUGCUGUGUCCCCACAUGGCUCUUCCCCACGAGGGUGGAGAGGGAGAGCGAGCUCUGGUGUCUGUUCACUUCUUAUGAGGACACUGGCCCUGCUGGUUUAGGGCCCCACCCUUAUGACCUCACAUCUCCAAACACAGCCAAACUUGAGAUACAUUUAAAAUAUUUUUCUAGUGUAUCUCUUAAUUUUUUUGUGUUUGUUGCCAUGAAGACCAUCUAAAAAAUGUUUAUUUCUUUGAGAAAGGUCUUUCCCCAGUUGGAGAGUGCAAGAAAUAAAUCAUGAUUUUGUUUUUUACAUUUAAAGUCCUUGAUCCUUGUGGAAUUUUAGAAUAAGGUUAGGAGGUAUGCAGGUUUAUUUUUGAGGUAAAAAUGUAUAUAUUGUGAUAUAUAGUGUAUAUUAUAUAUAUGGAUAGAAAUUACAAAUAAAAUAAUUGUUGGGAAAGAAUUGCUACUGUAUUGCUUCUUCAUUUUAAGGGAGAGUCCUUACAAAUUUAUUGACAAAUUAACACGUUUCUGUAGGAAACUUGGAAGAAUAAUAAUCACUAUAUAUGACAAAACUGGGACCAUCCUCAUUCUAUGUCUUUAAUUUUUUGCCUCACUGGAGACCAACAUAGGAACACAGGUGUAGAAAAUAACUGGUUCUUAGUAUUGUGUCGGUGUUUUCCAGCCAUCCCAAUAAUUUACUGCGCUGAAGCACGAGGCUGUUAAAAGGAGUGAAGGGCCGUAGGCGUGCCUCUAACUCGUGAAGUUCUAACGGAGACGCCGCACUCGCCGCGAGCCCGCCCCGCCUCCCCCGGCCGCAGCGCCCCCUACCGGCGGGCGGGCCGCGGGCUGUUGCGCGUAGGGUCCGCGAGGAGCCCGUCUCCUCCCGCAGGGGCCUGAGUCGUUGCCGGCUUUCCCGAGCCCCGCGCUGCGAGCCGCGCAUCCCAGCCGGAGCGGGGUUGGGGCGGAGCAGCCGGUGACCGAGGCUCCCACGCCGCCGCCGCCGCCUUCGGGGCCGCUCGGGCAGCUUUGAGCUUCCGGGGGUGGCGCGCUGCCCGGCGCUUAGGGUGGGGGCCGAGGGGCGUCGCUGGGCGGCCGGAGGUCCGGGUGUGGCCGCCUCUCCCCGCGGCGGUGGCGUCCAGACCGGCCUGUCGUCAGAUGCUCUGGAGUCAUGCGCCGGCCGCGCGCCCGCGCCCCGCUGGUGGCCGAGGUGCUCGGAGAUCGCCUUUGUUUUGCCAUUCUCUACAGCAGACCAAAGAGUUCAUCAAAUGUACAUUAUUUCAGCAUAGAUAAUGAACUUGAAUAUGAGAACUUCUAUGCAGAUUUUGGACCACUCAAUCUGGCAAUGGUCUACAGAUAUUGUUGCAAGAUAAAUAAGAAAUUGAAGUCCAUUACUAUGAUAAGGAAGAAGAUUAUUCACUUUACUGGUUCUGAUCAGAGAAAACAGGCAAAUGCUGCUUUCCUUGUCGGAUGUUAUAUGGUUAUAUAUUUGGGGAGAACUCCAGAAGAAACAUAUAGAAUAUUAAUGUUUGGAGAUACAUCCUAUAUUCCUUUCAGAGAUGCCGCCUAUGGGAGCUGCAGUUUCUUUAUUACACUUCUCGACUGUUUCCAUGCGGUGCAGAAGGCACUGCACUAUGGCUUCCUUAAUUUCAACUCAUUUAACCUUGAUGAAUAUGAACAUUAUGAAAAAGCAGAAAAUGGAGAUUUAAAUUGGAUAAUACCAGACCGAUUUAUUGCCUUCUGUGGUCCUCACUCAAGAACCAGGCUUGAAAGUGGUUACCACCAACAUUCUCCAGAGGCUUAUAUUCCAUAUUUUAAGACUCACAACAUCACUACUGUUAUUCGCCUGAAUAAAAGGAUGUAUGAUGCCAAACGCUUUACGAACGCUGGUUUCGAUCACUAUGACCUUUUCUUUGCGGAUGGCAGCACCCCCACAGAUUCGAUAGUCAAAGAAUUUCUGGAUAUUUGUGAAAAUGCCGAAGGUGCCAUUGCAGUACAUUGCAAAGCUGGCCUUGGACGAACGGGCACUCUGAUUGCCUGCUACAUCAUGAAGCACUACAGGAUGACGGCCGCUGAGACCAUCGCGUGGGUCAGAAUCUGUAGACCUGGAUCGGUGAUCGGGCCUCAGCAGCAGUUUCUGGUGAUGAAACAGACGAGCCUCUGGUUGGAAGGUGACUAUUUUCGUCAAAAGUUAAGGGGUCAGGAGAAUGGAAAACACAGAGUCGCUGUCUCAAAACUCCUCUUGGCUGUUGAUGACAUUUCAAUCAGUGGGGUCAAGAAUCAAGACAAGCAGGAACCUGAACUGUACAGUGACGAUGACGAAGUCAGUAGCAUGACACAAGGGGACAGACUUCGGGCCCUGAAAAGCAGAAGACAAUCGAAACCAAACGCUCUUCCCCUCACAGUAAUUCUUCAGUCCAGUGUUCAGAGCUGUAAAACACCUGAACCUGAGAUUUCUGGCAGUGCAGGCAUUACUAAAAGGACCACCAGGUCUGCUUCAAGGAAAAGCAGUUUUAAAAGCCUGGUUCCUCAGAGGGAAGGAAGGACAAGGAAGGCUUUGCCACCAAAGCCCUUACUGGCACUAUGUCCCUCCAUUUCAAGGACUAAAACAGUCUUGCGUUAAGUAGAAACCUGUGGCCAGAACUGAAGGAAGAUUCUAGGAACAGAAACCUACAGCUGGACUUGGCACACUUUAUUUGGAAACAAACAAAAUUGCAAAAGCCUUAGCUGCUUUCCACCUAAGAAGUUUAUUCAAUGAGGACAGUGUCCACUGGAGUUUGAGUAACUACUUGAGCUUGGGUACAAGUGAUGGCUUGGAGAAGGCCCAGCUCUCCUUUUGUCAAAAUGUCUCCAGUUAAAGGAUGAGAAAAGCUGUUGUAAAUUUAUUCUCAGGUGUAAAUAUCAAAGCCCUCUGCUCCCAGGAGAGCCGACUCGUCUGCGUGGUACACGUGUGUCCCUGUGAUGGCAAUCAUUUUAGCUGCUGGCCUUCAGAAGAACUGAGGAUCUUAUGAAGGUUUUUAAAGUAUUUAUUUUCUGUUCACCCUGUGUCCAAAUUUAUAAAGGAAAAACAGGCAUUACUGAAACGGUACUUUGUGUAAUUUGAUAACUGUCUGGUUUAAUCAUCUCCACUGUAAUAUUUGUAAUACUGUUGUAAUGGUAACUGUGAGGUACCCAAGCUGCUUGUCUUCCACCAAAGAGUGCUUUAUUAACAAGACUGUGAAAACCGUGUUUUCAGACUGUCUCGUGUUGGAUACAAGUGAGAACCUGCAGGAGUGCCAGUGGGAGCUUUGGAGGCUCCAGGGGAGACACGGCUGCCAGUGGGAGGUUUGGGCCUGAAGAACGCCAAGGCCGCCCAUUUUCGGUUGCCCAGUCAUACAGAUUAGUCACAUUUUCUUCCAUGCAUAAAAAAACCCACACUGUUGGUUGGUGUUUCCCCUGGAAACAAAAUCGAGUUACUGCCUUUUUUCUCAAGUCUCUCUGCAGUAUUGUGGACUGUCUUGUUAUGUGAUGGACCCAAGCCGUUCCCAGGUCCUUUGGCUGCGGGGAGAGUCUCUCGCACCUGGGUACCAGGGGUCUGCAGUGGAGCCUCCCGUUGUCUUUGGUCAGGGACUGUGGCUCCUAACUGGAGAGUGUCUUCUCCCCUCGGCCGUGCGAAGCACAGCAGAGUCUGAAGGGCAGGACCGGGGCUGGAGCUCUCCAUGUCCUCAUGUCUUCCCAGGAUGCCACCCGCUCUGCUGUUGACCUGCCUGCCCCCUUGAUGGGCUCUCGCUGGGCAGGACCCAAGCGCUAAAACAAUCUACUUGAUGCUAAAAAAAGUGGGCCCCAGAUACAAAAAUAUUUUGCAGUUACCCUGGCUGCGUCCAUCAUAAGAAGUGGAGGGUGUUCAUGACUGUGUGUCCUCCUAGCCUGGAGAACGGGCAGCGGCAGCCCUGGUGCAAUCUGAUGGCCAGUAGAGAGCAGACGCCUUCCUAUUACGGGGUGAGUGCAUCAGGUCAGCUGGAAAUUCCAUUUUAAAAGCUGCUGAGUAGCAAGUGGCUGGAAUACACAGAUUAAUGCCUGUUAAUGCAAAAAGUAAUUGAAAGGCCAGGGCUCCCUCUGGACUUUACCCUCCUGGAGUGAACUGUAAGGUGGGCUGGCUCUGCGGGGAAGGUGGAAGAUGCCUUUGUCUUGGCCGGACAAGCCGCGCCCCCCAUCAGGCACUGUGGGGGUGGGGUCACAUCAGCUUUUAAACACUGAGGGCAGAUCUCAGAGAAACAGUGGUUUUCUGUCUCUGGAAGUGGAUAGACACAAAGACCCACUUGCCUGAUGGGAAAACUGCCCUUUAUUUAGCUCUGGGUGGGAGGGGAAGCAUUCCAUUUUCUGACUUGUCCUGGGAGACAAUACUAAAUACUCAGACUGUGCCCAUGCAUAAAACUGCAUUCUCAGGGCAGCUCUUCUUCCCUUGACACUUGUAAAGGCCAUCUCCUGCAUAGAUAAUCUGGGUUGAAAUACUAAUGUUGGAACCAUCCUCGGUUGGCCUUCCCGUAUGUCAAGCAAGUCAGUGUACUGUCUCCCUCAUGGUGAAUAAGCCACUGGUGUCCUGGCGAAGAGGAAGAAAUCCGGGUUUCAGUGUUAACCACAGUACUUUUUAUUUUACAAAUUGCCUUUUCUUGUUGGCUGCUCAAAUUUCCAGCCAGAAUUCCUAUCACUGUGGCUCUUUCUAAAAAUGCUUGUAUUUAACAGGCUCACUGAAAUGAGUCAGAGGAAACUAGUGAUUAGGUAAAGAGGUGUUCAGUCCUUACACACACAGGACUUAAGAUUGUGCUUCCAGCGUGUCGAUCCCGUAGGUGGUUAAACUUGCCCGGCACAGACCUCAAAUCCAGGCAGUCCCGGGCCUGACAAUGGGAAGUUCCUCUUGCUGUGCACGAGUGGACUUUUGCUUUCCCUCCAACCAAAACUUCAUCUCACCCAGAAUCUUCUGAGGUUCUUAAUUGCAAGUCCUUGUUACAGAAGACUUGUUGCUGUGGCAUAUGAACAGGGCCUGGCAGAUGGAGAGAUUCCUUUAAACUUAAGAGCCUUAAAUAGCUUUGGAACUACCCCAAGACAGUUUCCAUUGGAGUUAAAAUUAGAAGGAGUAUUUUUAGGUGCCCUUGAAGGUUUUGGGGGCUCAAAUCAUCACAAGUGGGGGAUAGACCAAAGGACCAGUGUCUGCCAAACUGGGUACCUAGAAAUGCAGAUAGGCUUCUGUUUUAUAAUGCUGAAGAAAACUAGAAUUCUCUCCCAGCUGUCCGUGAAGAGGGGGCGGCCCUGGGCAGCCCUUGCUACAAGUAGCCUUCCUUAUCCAGCACUUGCUUCCAGGCGGCCUUCUGUGCUUCUAGUCUCCAGAAUUUCUCUGUUCUAAACUUGACCCCUUAGCCUGUCACCCACCCACUUCCUUCCCUGCCCUCUUCCCCCUCUCAAAGGGGUGAUUUCUACCUCUUUUCUUGGGCCCAGACAGGUUUUGGAUGAGUUCCCAAGUGUUCUCAAGGCAUAUGUGUUUGCCCUUGGAGCGUGCUGCAGCCCGUCCGGGUCCCUGGGCGCUGUGGCCGGGAACCCUGGGGCCUUCCCUAUGCUUCAGCCCCCACUCUGGGCCAAGCAGUGCACGCCUUUGAUGUUUGUUCUGAAAGUAGCUUGACUGCAUCUCUUCAUAUAUUUUUAAAAGUAAUCAUUGCAUUUUGGAAAGCAGUGCUUAUCAAAAACAACUUUUAAAAACAAGGUUUAAUUCUUUAAUAGUUCUCUCCCACUGAAACUGUCCCGGUGAGGUCAGCCGCUGAUCUUAUUUCUCCUUAAUCUGAGUGUUCUCCAUGUCACCAAGUGGAAAUGCGCAGAUGUGUUCCAGAGCCUGGACAGUUCACCUGCUCUGUGCAAGAAGUUACCUCCUUACAUGCCCAGUAGAAUUAACUGUCAGCAGAUGAGUUCAUCUGAUAUUGUACUGCAGUUUUAUAUUAAUAAUUUGCAGACUUUUAUCUAACCUGCACUCAUGUACAGAUUAUUAGAAGUUUUAAAAUGUAACUGAUUAAUCAGUAUUUGAUCAAUUAAUGUCUUGAUUUUUUAAAUUAAAAUGUAUAUUUCUAAUCAUAUUUUAUAAACCUGAGAGACCUGGUUGAAUGAGUGUUUAUUUUCCUGAAGGUGUUUUUAAGAAAAAGCUUCAUAAUGGCCUGUAAACUUUGCAUAUCUAUGUAGUUUGAUACAUAUUGUCACGUUUGAAAAUCUUAUGUAUUGUAACUGGUUUUAUACAAAAUACCAAACAGUGGAAAUUGUGUUAUUAUAAUCACAUUAAAGGUAUUCAGCAAACA